UUUUAAAUCACUAAAUGUAUCGUAAUUUGUUACAGCAGCAAAAGGAAACUCGUACAGAGUAUCUGGGAAAUGAAUAGCUUAUACCAUGCUCCUUGGGUCAUUAUUUCUAGUUGCUUUUAUGAGCAAAGCUUGUCUUACCUAGCAACAGUUGCUAAGUAAAUUAACAAUUUAAUUCUAGAGUCUGGAAGAGAGCCACUGCUUAAAUCUUCCCAAAUCCAGUGCCCAUACCUUAUGUGGCAAAGACUUUCAGAACCAUUCUUUGCCAUUAGGCACAUAACCACUACCUAAUCAUGGCAAAUCAUUUUAUUCUUACCAGCCUCUAACAUUGUCCUAAAACCCUGAACCUCUAACAGCUUUCUUAAACUUCUAGCUUUUCUUAAAACUUUUUUUUUCAUAUCAUAAGAGUACUUUAACUGCACAUAGUAAAAGACAUCUAAAAUUUAAUUAUGAUCAGAAAUCCGAAUUACACAAGCUUUGUUUGCUGUGCUGUUUGUAAUAAAAUAAUUCCACCAGCUCCUUUUGGGGAAACCUUCAAACGGAUCCAUGAAUACAAGCCAUUUAAGACCCGCUUUUACACUCACAAAGAUAUACUGGGUAUCGGGGCAGAUAUUCUGAGUAAAGAAGAGCAAUUUCAAGAGGCAGCACUCAAAGAACUUAUUGCAAAAGCAGAAGCUGACGUAUGGGUUCAGGCUGAUGAACGUCAAAAACAAGCAGUUGAGAAAGCACUUGAGGAAGCAAAUAACCAACACAAAAUUGAUAUUCAGAUUCUGAAAGAAGCACACCAAAAAGAUUUACAGGAAAUGGCAGCCAAAACCAAGAUAGAGGAGCACCAAAACAUGGAAGACACACUACAGAGAGAACACUUGGCUGCGGAACAACGCAUGGUGCAUAGAAUCCAGAGGAUUAUGAUGGAGUGCCACAGGGAGAAGGUCCAGGCUGUGGAGAAGGCUAGGGCUGAAGAGAGACAGAUGGCCCAAGAAGCAAUGCAGGCCCAGAAAAGAAAAGCCAUGGAGGAAAUUUUGAAUACUGGUAUAACAGCUAUAAAGGAUCAGAGCAAGAGUUUGAACCAAAUGAUAAAAGAAAAAGAACAUGAGAUGAACGUGUACUAUUGCAUGGCUCAGAGACAGAAGCAAGAAGAGGUCCAGGAAGUGCUUCAAGAAGCAGAGAAGACACAUAAGACCACGCUUGGAAAUGUGAUGGAUAAACUCGUUGACACUCAGGGGGAGCUGCUGUCCAUGGAGAAACAACUAGGCAUUAUGACAAACUGGAAAGAUUUCCUGGAGGAGGAAUUACAGGAAACAAGGGAAGCAUUUCAAAAAUACAUCAAUUAUACAUUUCCUAAGCUUUCACCAGGACAUGCAGAUUUUAUUCUACCAGAAAGAAAGAAAACACCUUCCAGUCUUGUUAUUCAGGAGAAUGAAACAACUCCCGAUUAGAAGUCUUUGACUGAAAUUUCACUACAAAAGUCAAUGCUCCAAAGACUAAAUAAAUCAACUAAAAAACCACUUAUUGAUCCCUAGUUAUAUGCAGGGUACCAUUGGGCUGCUGGCAUUUUGAUGGAAAACCAAAAUACUCAAAAAGCACAUGCCAGGCUACAUUGAGUUCUAAGUCUUUUUGAGGAGAGAAAACAGUGAGAGGGAUCAAAACUAAUUAGAAGGGGGAAAGUUUCUUGGAAGAAGUCCAAACAAAUUUCUGUAAUUGGCUUUAUUCUUGCCUACAUCAGACAUGUAGCUAUUUUAGUGUUUGUUGCAGUUAAAAACAAAGGGAUAUGUUUUUAGAUUGUUCCUAUUGUGGAGAGGUGUGCUAAUUUCCAGUAAAGACCGUUAUUUGGUGAAGUGCAAUAGCAUUGUAGGAAAAAAAGCAAUUUCCUUCAAAUUCAAUAGGAUAAAAUUUAAAUUCUGGGAACCCUAUGCAAGCUAAUUCAGAGAGGGCUGGCACGCUGAACAUGGUACACAAGAGGACUUAACUCAUUUUCACAGCAGUGUGUGAAAGGUACAAACCAGUAACGCAGUCACAGAUAGGUUAAGUCACUUUCUCAAAGUCACACAGCUUGUAAUGAUCACAACCAGAGAGCAUGGGUCUUGAGUCCACUCUUUUAGUCAUUAUUUUGUUCAGCCUGAACAUCAAGGCCUUCAUGCCUCAUUGGUACUCUGCAAGUGUGUGUCUGGGUGUAUUCUAUGAUGAGGACAAGAACGUGGUGUGUUCUCUCUGUCUGGCAUCAUUUUUGUAUCCUGAAAGUCGAAGGAUCUUAUACCUGAUUGUGGUAUCUGAGUUAUUGGAGUCACCCACCAGAUUCAAAUCUGAGUGCAUACCAUAAGGGAACAGAAGGAAACUGUCUUCUGAAGGGAUUCACUUUUCGACCACAGUUCAGCAUGACAACUUUGGCAUCAGUGACAUAGUGAGUAACAUGAAAAGAAAGCCAACAAUGUAUUUUUGGUUUGAAAAAAGGAACCUAUCUUCUCAGUCUUCAGAUUGGAAGACAUUAAAUUAGCUGAGUUUUUAGUAUUUUCCUCGUCAAUAUUGCUGUCCCUUCUCCUACCCCAAUCCCAAACAACAGCUUCCUUAGAGUUUUAAAAGCAAUUUGGACCCACCAGAGAACUUACCUCUCCACUCCCGAAAGUGUUAAUCAUCCUCCUGUCAUAGGAGUAAUUACAGGGGAUCCUAUCAGGACAGACUGUCUGAUCCCAGGCCCCCAUUUACCACUUACUUUAGAGUCUGGAGUCAGCACCAACCACGGCAGGAGGCUCUUCUUUCACUUCCCUUGUUCUCACUCAGCUUUACCUCUCCCAGAGUCACACUGGGGGAACAUCAUCUUUGCUCUUCCCUAAAUCUUUCACCUGAUUUGAUCAGCUCAACCCCUAGUUCUUCCAGGUUUGAAUGUUUCCCAGAUAAUAUAGCCCUGAGAAUUAGAGUUCAAGUGGUUGCAUAAUUUCCCCUGAAAAGAAGGAAAGGCUGAUGGCAGACUAAAAAUGAGAUGUAACUCAUAUUUCCAGUGCCACAUUCAGUGGGACCCCUCAGUAGUCUCUUGUUUCUAUGACACUGAUAAGGAUGAUCCUGAUGGAUUAAAAAAUGACACAAUGGAAAAUAUAGCAAUAGCCAUUUCUGAGCAUGCCCUAUGCACCAGACAGCGCACUAGGCUCCUUACUUAACAUUGUCUUAUUGAAAUCUCACAGCAUCUCUGUUAGAUACCUAUGAGGACCCCAAUUUUGAAAAUGAGGAGCCUGUGACUCAGAGAAGCAAAGUCACUUGCUGAAGAUCACAGAAUUGUUUGACCGCAAGCCCAUGUGUUUUUCACAAUUACAGCACAUCAGCCUAAUUUAGUGCCUGUGGAAACACUAAGUAGCCACCAGUCAUGCAUUGCUUUCAAAAUACAUUGAAUUGUAGCAGGGAAAUUCUGAAUUAUUGUGCAGAACCCUGACUGUUCCAGUGGCCAUGCUUGGGAGCCAAGAGUGAAGGGGAGCAGAACUGGACAACUUUCCCCAAACAUGCUCAAUGAGCUUUCCUAGAUAACUAAGCCCCAAGGGUGAAUAUAUGGAGGGGCAUACUCCCUCCCACCAUUCCAAAGUCAAGAAGGACAGAUUCCCCUUAGGGUUCUGGACAGAGAUCAAUUGCCUGUAGCUCAAAGGUGAGACUCUACAAGUCAAGUGAAAAUUAGAAGUGAGAUAUGUUUUUGAAAUCUCAGUGGGAGCCUUACUCCAAGGUUUUCUAGGGAAACUUGAUUGAGACUAAAUUGGGUUAUUUUCAAAAAGAAAGAUUCUUUGAGUGAACCAAUUUUUUUUUUUUUUUUAGCAUAACUUAACUUGAGAACACUUAACUCUCCUGGUAUCAUUUACUUCAAGUACAAUCCCUAAAGAGACCAUUACAGACCUCAGAUACUAAGCCCCAUGUGAGUUAUUGAAAUUGUAAAAGUGUUGGAGAAUUCUUUUAAGGAGAAAUUAAAGAGUGCAUUUUUCUUA